AUGGUAGUAAAGGGGCCAUUGAAAGAUGCGUUCGUCAAGGCCGUCGACGCGGCGGCGGGCUUCGCGCGGGAUCACCCGGUCUGGACGACGCUGAUUGCCGUGGGGAUUUUGGCCGUGCUGUUGCCUUGGGCUGUUGAGGCGUUGGGGUUUGGUGUAGAAGGGCCGGCUGCUCGAACCUUUGCGGCGUGGUGGCAGUCACGGUAUGCUGGGUAUGUGCCGAAGGGAAGUCUGUUCUCGUUCUUUCAGAGGUUGGGGAUGAAGUGGACGAUCAAGUUGUAG